ACAUAUUUUGGCUAUGAUACAGAAAAUAAUGAAAAUGAUCCUAUAUCAGAACCCGAUAGCAAUGAUGAAACAACAGCCGAUAGUGACUACGAGCCCAUUGCUGGGCCGAGCACUAAUUUACCCCAAAAAAAAUAUGUAACAAGAAAUAGGGGCAAGAAAGUUUAUGUAAAGUUUGAUGUUGCCCGGUCAUCCCCAG